UCCCGGCCGAGCAGCAGGCAGCCGGCGUGACGGCGACUCGGCGGCAGCUAUGAGAAGGUGGAUGUUGGCGCGCUUUCUUCUCGACACAGUCACCAGGCGAAACGGGCUCUUGAUGUGUGCCAGCUAAUGUUUCCCAUCUGCGACACCGUGCCAGAAACUAUCAUAACGGCGCAGCAGCGUCGGCUAGCGGAGGGCCAUGGGUUCGCUGCCGAACCUGCACGCCAUCGGCUCGGAGCGGCCGGCGGCCAGCCGCCUCCAGCCGUGGGAUGACUGCAUGCUCGAGCUGUCGGGGUGCCCGUCGCCGCGUGCCUGCCGCCUGCACCGCGCCUCCCUCAGCAGCUCGGGAGCCUCCUCGGUGCGCCGCCUCAUCGCCAGCGUCCGCUCGGCGCCGCCCGCGCUCGGCCCCGGCUACCCCAGGCGCCGCCUGCUGCGCAACCACGCCGCCCUCUGCCUCGGGCAGGUGUCGUGGUCCGGCGGGCCGGCGCCGCUGCUGGCGCUGUCGGCGUGGUGGCCGGGGGCGGCGCCGGGGCGCGCCCCGCUGCUGGCGGCGGCGCUGUUCGCGGCGGCGGCGCUCUCGUGCGUCGCGGCGCCGCCGCUGGUGCGCCGGCUGGGGGCGGCGCGGCUGCUGCUGGCCGGCCACGCGCUCGCCGCCUGCUUCCUGGCCGCGCACCUGCUGCCCGUGCCGGCCGCCCUCGUACCCGCCUACCUGCUGCAGGGCGCCGCCCUCGGCCCGGUGAACCUGGCUCGUGUGGCGCAACUGUGGGCACUGUCGACGCGCCUGCCGGGCUGUGACGUCACCGCCAUCGGCGCAGGCGGCGGCUUCGGGGACGCGGGCCUCACGCUGGGCAGCGCGCUCGCCGCCGCGCUGCUCGCCUGGGCCGCCUCCACCGUGUCGCCGAUGCCGGGCGCCGUGUGCGGCGCCUCUGCCUGCCCGCCGGCCUCGGACGCCGACGCCGACGCCGCUGCCGCUGCGGGCGACGUUUCGGAGAUGCCGGCGCCGGCGUCGUCUGGCGCCGAAGAGCUGGGCUGCCGCGCGGGCCCGCUGCUGGCGGCCGUGCUGCUGGGUUUGGCCGUGGCCGGCGCCGCGCUCUCCGCCGCCUGCCUGGACCGCCUGCCCGCGCCGCCGCCGCCGCCCAGCCGCCCCCGGCCGCCCCCCGCGCCCGCCCCCGCCGCCCCCGCCGCCGGCGACGGCCGCCUGCCCGCCCGCGUGGCGCGCGCCUUCGCCGCUCCGCCACUCGCCCUCUUCGUCGGGCUGGGGCAGGCCUUCAUGAUGGCCGACUUCUCCAGGUGGUACGUGGCGUGCGUGCUGAGCCUGCCCAGCGUGUCGCUGUGCUUCGUGGCGCUGGGGGCGCUGCGCUGCGUCGCCAGCCUCACGCUCAACCUGGUGCUGCCCCACAUCUGCCGCCUGCUCGCCGUCGGUGUGGGGGCUGCUUUCCAUUCCUGCCUGCUGCUAGUAUUGGUUCUGUGGCAGCCCUCCAGUGAUGACUCAGCCCUGUUCUUUGUCAUUGCUGCUGCCUGGGGAGUGUGCGAUUCUAUCUGGGAAACACUUGCUCUCACGUCGGGGCUGACAUCACAGGGAGACGCCUGGCCAGAGUGGCUGGCCCGCUGGGACAUGUUCCGCUGCCUCGGCCUCGCACUUGCUUUUGUGCUGCACCCUCUGUUGUGUGUCCAAGUGAAGCUCUACAUUCUGGCAGCUACCCUCGUGCUCGGUGUUCCUCCGUAUGCGUGGUUGGAAAUCCAGCAUGAUGCCAAGAUGACAGGACUGUGAGGACAUCCCUCCCGGGUUCAUUGUUUCUGACUGUAGGACAUCUACAAAUCUGGUUUUUCAAAACUAACAGAAACUUCUCAUAUGAGUAUUUUCCAAAGACCUAUUUCACCAUUUUUGGUUAAACUUUUCUGUAUUGCAAUACCACAAGUUUAUUAUAAAAAGUGUGAUUCCUGGAAAAAUAUUAAUUUAAUAUUUUUAAUCAAGUGAGAAAGAAAAAACAUGUUGCGUUACAUAAUAAUGGUGGUAUUAUUUACAAGGAAUAUGAAUUGUGCAGAAAAAUUUCUUACUCACAUCUACUAUGUUAAGUAAUUGCUCAUACUCAAAUUUUCAACACUGACAAGUUCCAUUGCCUUACCAAACAAGUAUUUAAGUGUGUCAGAAAAUAUUUAUAUUUAAAGUUGUUACUGUAAAAUUUCUCUCAAUGUAUUAAUUUUUUUAUAUAUAACAUUUGUUGUUCUGUUCUUUAAUUGUUUGUCUGAGGCUUGCAAGUUUACAAUGGAAGUUUUAAAAUUGUGUACUGUAAUGCAAUCAGUUGACUCAAAGAACAAUGCAGUGACAAGUGUUGGCAAGCACAACCAGCAAUAGCUGAGACUCUUCCCUAUCGCCAGCUGAAUAACUAUUCAGCAGGAAGAGUUCAAGCAAAAAGAACAAAGGUUGUAAAAAGGUAGUGUCCACAUUUCUGUCUUCUCUCACUUUUCUUCCUUGUUUGUAUGAAGAUAUAUAUCAACUGUCCCUGUUGAUAUUUAUCAAUGCCUGUAAGCAGCUAAAAGUUGGAUUUUGUUGUAAUCUCUUUCUUCCUUGUUGUUCCAUUUCCUCUCUGUGCCUAAGUAGAAUAUCACACUAGUGAAACUAAAAACGAAUUAGCAGUACUUUUUCCCAACAAUGGAUAUCUUUCUGUGACACAUACGUCUUCUCAAGGCCUAAAACUUGUGAGAGCUUAAGGUGUACGGAGCACAAUGAAUGAAUGGUAUUUUAAAACUUGGUGAUGUAUCAUUUAUUUGCUUAAAAAUGCAUCACAAUUUCAACAGAAGAAGCUGGGUGAAACUGAUGUCUGCAUUGCACUCAGCAAGCAACCACACAGUGUGGCGUCGAGUGUACUCAUGCUAGCACCGUCUUUUCUCUCCUCCUCUGUU